GGGUUAACGGUCCGAAAAAUGCUAGGUCUACCUCCGAAUCUGCACAAAACCUGUAGACUCCGGCAAAUAUAACCUACUGAUUAUUAUCCCAACUAUUCCUCCACUCCGUCUGUGAAGCCAUAACCUUCAUAAGCUUUCCUCCGGUCAGGAAACAGAAGAAAAGGAUAAAUCUUGGAGCUAUCCUCCUCUCCAAAUCACCGUUGUUCAUACCCAACAUAGUUUGUGGUUUUCGAUUGAACCCAUCAAUUAGAAGUUGCCCGGAGAUGGCUUAUGAAUUGAGUGAACAGAAAAAGGUUGGGUUGGGUCUUCUUGGCUUUGGCAUCCUUUUCACAUUUCUGGGUGUGAUGCUUUUCUUCGACAGAGGCCUGCUUGCUCUAGGGAAUAUAUUUUGGUUGACUGGGGUGGCCCUUUUACUUGGUUGGCGUUCUACAUGGAAUCUCUUCACUAGCAAAGCAAACUUAAAGGGCUCUGUAUCUUUUUUUCUUGGUCUCUUUUUCCUUUUCGUUCGGUGGCCAAUAGUUGGUAUAAUCUUGGAAAUAUAUGGCUGCCUUAAUUUGUUCAGUCGUUUUUGGCCAUCUGUGAAGGCGUUCCUCUAUGAAGUUCCCAUGUUGGGAUGGAUCAUAAGGUUUCUAUUCUGAUUCUUGAUCAACUUCAGGGCAGUGAUGCUUGACGUCUACUUAUAUAACGGCUCGUGUCUCAUAGGGUUUCUUGAUUCUUCAGAAGCCGAACGAGGUCUAAGCAGUUGGCUUCUCGUGGGUUUGAGAUUCCAUCAUCAGAUGAGUGAAAGAGAAGAAAGAGACUAGUAGUACUAGGUUGCAUAUCAUCCAUCACACUUAAAAUGUUGUGUAACAAAAUAAGUUUUUAAAUGCAUAUGAAUUCAGAUUCUGUUGGUAAUAGUUGUAAAUGAGAGAUGAGGAAAUGAGAUGGAUUAUUUGAUGUC